AUGAGGCUGAUGGGGCCGGAGGGCGGAAGGGCAGAUGUGGUGGCGGCGGGAGUAGGAGUUCACGAGGGAUCCGCGAGCCCUCCCGGCAGCGCGAACACCAACCCUCCCCCUUCACCGUCUCUCUACGACAUUGGCGACGAUGACGCAACGCCUCGGCAGCAGUGGUCGCCUGUGCACACCGUCGGGGGCAGCGGCGGCGGCGCGAUGAAGCCCUCGCGCACCCGGGGCCACCACGGGGGCUCCUCCGGCGGCGGUACCUUCGCCGGUGUCGAUGGCGGCGAGCUGCGGGCGCCCGCGGGGAAGAGCAAUAGUAGUGGAGCCGGGGACUCGACGUGGGGCGGCGGAGGAAGCGCGCGAAAUGGGAACAGCAAGGGCGGCAGCAGCAGCAAUAACACCAAUAUCGCGUUAAGCCACCAAAAUAAGCCCCGCGUUGCAUCGCCGGAUUCCCCGGUCCUGCGCGUAGACCUCGAGCGCCUGGACCUGAGCGUGCUCGCGCUGGGGGAGGAGGGCGGGCCGGCCAUCCCCGCCGACGGCCGCGCGGGCGGCGGCAGCGCCGCCGCGAGCAGCGGCGGGCGCAACAACAAUAAUAGCGAGCUCUUGCACUCUCGCACUUUCUGCUCGGAACCGGGCGGGCGACCGCGGUCGCUGGGGGGCAGACCCUCACGCGCGCACGCGCUGUUCGUCGCGCCGGGGAAGAUAGGCACCGGGCCGGCCUCGCCCCCUUCCAGCUACUCGACGCACUCGGAGAGCGGGGGCUUCGCGAGCCCGACCGUGCGGCUCGCGAGCCCGUUCGGGCUGUCGUCGGCGGGGGCAGGGAAGGGAGAACAUCACCACCACCACCAACAGCAGCAACAGCAGCAGCAGCAACAACAAUUUCACCCCCAGCAGGGCCGCGUGAAGAAAGGGCACUGGAAGAAGGGGAAGCCGAUCGGGGUCGGCAGCUGCGGGAACGUCUACCUGGGGAUGAACGAGGACACCGGGGAGCUCAUGGCGGUCAAGGAGAUCACGCUGGAGACGAAGGACAGGCUGCUCACGAGCCUCUACAAUGAGAUCCAGGUGAUGCACAAGCUUGUCCACCCUCACAUCGUGGGCUACCUGGGCGCGGAGCUGCAGGACAGCAAGCGGAAGCUUUGCAUCUUUCAGGAGUGGGUGCCCGCGGGAUCGCUGCACUCUCUGCUCGGACAGUUUGGAGCCCUCAGCGACGCGAUGACGCGCAAGUACACGCGGCAGGUGCUGGAGGGCCUCGUGUACCUGCACGCGAAUCGCGUGAUUCACAGAGACGUCAAGUCGAAGAAUAUUCUCGUGGACGACAGGGGAAACGUGAAGCUGGCGGACUUUGGCUGCGCGCUGGUUCUCAAGGACGACAACGGCGACGGGGUGGAGAUGUCCAUGAAGGGCACCCCGCUCUUCAUGGCGCCGGAGAUGCUCCUCAAGCGCAAGUGCGGCAAGCGGGUGGACGUGUGGUCCCUGGGCUGCGCCGUGCUCGAGAUGGUCACGACGCGCCCGCCGUGGGCGGACACGUUCAAGCACCCGGUCGAGAUUAUCGAGCACUUCAGCGAGAACCCGGGGCCACCGCCCCUCCCGGAGGACCUGUCGCCGGCCCUGCGGGAGUUCCUCCUGUCGUGCUUCACGUGGGAGGCAGGGCGACGCCCGACGUCCCACCAGCUCGUCGCGCACGAGUACCUCCUGCGGGACUGGCGGGUGUCGGCGGUGAGGGGCGGGGACGGCACCGGAAGCUCGGGCAGCGGCGAGGACAACGACAUCCCGCUGGAAGCCAUGGGCCGGGCCCCGUUCAUGACGCGCAUGCGCCGGUGCAGCAGCGCGACGCUGCCGGAGCUGAUGCAGCGGUCGCACGCCUUCGGCGGCCGCGGCGGCGGCGGCGACCCGCUGGCGGCGUUUGGCACCGCUCCCUCGGGGACCUUGCGGCCGCCGUCUCCACGGUACGGCCCGGGGGGCGUCGCGGCGGCGAAUAGCAAGCGCACCCCCACGCGCCGGCGGAUGUACACGGAGAGCAGCAGCGGCAGCUAUAGCAGCGCUAUGCCUCCCCCCGAGGGCGGCGGGAGCGCGAAGCCGUCGGCGGCGGGAGCGGUGGCGUCGGCAGUGGCAGGUGCAACGGCGGCGGGGGGUGGCACGGGUGGCGGCGUUUAUCAGGUGGCUGGUGGUGGCGCGCCGGGGACGGGUCUGGUUAGAAGAGCUUCCAUGCCCCACGCCGGGAGGUCACCCCCCGUAUCCCCGGACAAACCGAGGCGGCCCGGCAGAGGCUCUUCGCCUGGGCGGUGCUCGAGCGCGGUGCCGAUGCAACAUUACCACCACCACCACCACAGCCACCACAACCACCACAACCACCACCUCCAGGCGGAGGAAGAGAGGCUGGGCUCCGGCCCGGUCGGGCACGCCCGGCUGCGUAGCAUGGGGGACGGCAUCGCGGGCACCGGUUUCGGUGCUGCGACCAGUGGCAGCAGUAGCAGUAGCGGCGGCGGCGGCGAGAGGGGCGGCAGCGGCAGCAGCGAAAGCGGAGGGCGAACAGAUUCGGAAGCGUCCGUGUCUAGAUCCUCGUCGGGUGGGCGGGGAGCUCCGGCGGGGGUGGGGGCGGGAGGAGGGCAUGCGAUGCGGAAAGCGGCGCCGACUCCAACGCUGCCGCCGAUCGUCCGCGAGCUCUUGGGAACGCUGGAGCAAGGCGGCGGGUUGAGAGAGGGGGAGGGGGGACUACUGCUACACUCGGGGGACACGCCCCCCCCGAUGGUGCGGCCGUUAGAGCGAUCGGCGUCAGGGCAACCCGGGCAACGGGGAUGGAGGACGGCAGGCGGCGGCAACGCAAACCCGACAGCGAAGGCGACGUUGCUGCAGCAGCGUAGCAAGGCGGCGGGCGGCGGCGGCAGCGGUAGAGGCGGGGAAUGGGGAGUGUCGGACUCGCGGGGCGGCGGCGGGGGUGCUUCUCGACAAAUGGCCAACGAGCCGGGGGAAUAA